AUGUCUUCCUGGGUCAAGCUUACCUCUGUUCUGGCGACCGCGGCGCUGCUUGUGAGCGCGAAGCCGGUCGUGAGUGAGAAGCGUCAGCUGGACACUACCGAGCACUGCGGGCAGUGGGAUGUGGUGACCUACAACCAGUACUCGCUUCUGCUUGACCAGUGGGGCAAGGACAACGCGGAGUCUGGCCAGACCUGCGCGAGCAUCACGUCCGCUAACGGCGAUACCAUUGCGUGGACGACGACCUUCGAGUGGAAGGGCACGUCGGACAGCGGUGUCAAGGCCUACCCCAACCUUCAGCUUGACGAGGGUCUUGGUGGCCAGAUUGGCUCCAUUUCUUCCAUGCCCACCUCAUGGUCCUGGUCCCUCACCGACCUCUCCUCCGACGCCGUCGUCAACAUCGCCUACGACAUCUUCACCUCCUCCACCGCCGGUGGCUCCAACGAGUACGAGAUCAUGAUCUGGAUGUCCAACCACGGCGCCGGCCCGAUCUCGUACACCUACGACGCGCAGGGCAACCCGACGCCCGUGGCUGAGUCUGUCAGCAUCGCUGGCAAGACGUGGGAUGUGUACCACGGCAGCAAUGGGUCGAACGAGGUGUACUCGUUCCUCACGUCGGAUGGGUCUGAGGUGACGAGCUUCGAUGGGGAUGCGUAUGAUUUCUUCAGCUAUCUCGUCUCGGACCAGAGCUUCAGCACGUCCCAGUACCUCACAACCUUCCAGGCCGGUACUGAGCAGACGCUCGGCUCGGGCACGCUGACCACGUAA